AUGGAGACUGAUCGCUCAAACAAGCUGUUCUUGCUGUUCACUUAUCGAGUCGUAUUUCACCCACUCCGGCGAUACCCAGGCCCGUUGCUGGCCAAGGUUACCGACGGGUAUGCCGGCUUUCAUGCCCUCUUGAUGCGCCUUCACCUGGCAACGACAAGGGAUCACAAGAAGUACGGCCCUGUUGUGCGACAGGGUCCAGACAAACUUGUCUUCAACUCGAGCACCGCUCUCCAAGACAUAUACCACAAUGAUCGAGUCACCAAGUCUUAUGUCUACACACUUCUUCUGCGGGCCAAGUCAAACCCACAUGUAUUCAAUUGUAUCGACAAGACAUUACAUCGAGCGAAGCGCAAGGUCGUCAGCAAGGCUAUUACCGACCGAGCCAUUCGCAUGUUCGAGCCAACAAUGGCGGCGCAGAUUGAUAUUUUCAUCCAGAACCUGCUUUCUUCCGUCUCCGGGGCUGAGCCAGUGAACAUGUCUCAGCGAUGCAAAUGGCUGGGCUUCGACAUUGUUGGCCUGUUGGCUUUUGGGUUCCAACUUCACGUACAAACAGAGUCACAGUAUCGAUUCAUUCUGAAAGGGCUCGUUGCUGGUAACUACAAGAGUAAUGCGUUUAUGCAGUUCCCACUGUUGAAGCAGACGGGGCUGGACACUGUGCUGCACGGGCUAAGCAACUCCAGCCGGAACAGCUUCCUCUCUGUCCUGGACCAUAUGGUCAGCACCCGAAUUUCGCAGGGAAGAGACGCCCGAACGGACAUUGUUUCAUUCGUUGCGGAAGGUGCCGAGGGCAACGCACUUGACGACGCCCAGCUUCGGGAGCUUUUAUACUCGGAGGGCCUCUCCGGCGGUGACACGACAGCCACUGCCUUGAGUGCGCUCUUUUUCUAUCUAAGUCGCAACCCCGAGGCCUACAGCAAACUUGCCGAUGAGAUCCGCACAACAUUUUCAAGUCACUCCGAAAUUCAGGGCGGUCCGAAGCUCGCAGGCUGUCGAUACCUUCGCGCCUCCAUUGAGGAAGCUCUUCGAAUGUCUCCGCCAGUGUCUGGCAUACCGUGGAGGGAACUCGCAAAGGGUGCAGACGAUCCGCGCAGGGGCGAGCCAUUCAUCGUCGACGGACACGUCAUCCCGCCCGGAACUCAGGUAGGUGUCUGCACCUAUGCACUUCACCACAACGAGCAAUAUUUCCCCGAGCCGUUCGUCUUCCGGCCGGAGCGAUGGCUGGUAGAAGAGUCGGGCGAGAGUGGUCUCGCAAAGAUGCACUCGGCAUUUGCCCCAUUCUCGGUGGGGCCACGCGCAUGUGCGGGAAAGACCAUGGCCUACCUGGAAGCGAGCUUGGUGGUGGCUAAGACGCUUUGGUUCUUGGACUUCGAGCCGGCUCCAGGGAAGUCGGGGGAGCUCGGUGCUGGUGCGCCGGGGAGGGCGACUGGUAGAGAAAGAUCGGAGGAGUUUCAGCUGUAUGAUAUCUUCUCAUCUACUCAUGAUGGUCUGAAUCUGGUCUUUCGACACCGUGUCGCACCUGAUCAAGCACUUCAUUCUCAUCACAAGGUCGCAAUGGACCCGGUAUCAGCCAUUGGCUUUGUUAGUGCCAUCGCGGGGAUCGUUGACCUAAUUGCAAAGGGAGUAAUUUCUCUCUCUGACUUCCAGUCCAGAUACAGACUUGUCGAUCUCAAAAUCAGCCUCUUGAUCGGGCAAUUGUCGACUCUCAAAGCCGCUCUUACCCAGGUUGGACACCUAGUCCAGGAUGUUGCCCAUGUUCCUCGAGACAGACAGCUCGUUAGCGAUCUAUCAGUAUCCCUGGCGUCUUUGGAGACGAUCGUCGGCGCUCUGGACAGUCGCUUGUCUCAUCUCCAGCGAAAUGCUGAGGACGGACUAUCGAGCUGGGGCAGAGUAAGCUUUGUUUGGGAUGAGCAGACGAUGAGAGACUACCUCAGCCUUCUGGAUCAUCAGGUCAAUGCACUUGGGCUUCUGCUGACUGCUUUACAAUGUCGUACCACCCUAGAGCAAAAGGAUAUGCUAGGGGCUCAAGAGUCUCGCCAUGUUCUCAAUCUCGCCAGAGACGAGACCUCAUCGUUGUUGUGGCUCAUGGACCCAGAGUCAGUGGAAGUUAGCUCGCUGAGGAGUUCUGUGACCCAAGAUCUCGAAACAGUCCACGCGCGGUUCGAUUUUGAUUCUGAGGUAUUCACCUCGAGGGCUUACCAGGUAGCCACCAGAGCCAAUAUGAUCGACGCCCUAACAGGCUACAGACGCCAGGGCAUAUCUCACAGUACGGAGAUCAGGGGUGGUCCGCUAGCAGAUACACCCGGUCCUAAUCAAGCCAGCCAAGCGACUCGCACCGACAUUGCGAUGACCACAAGUGUGGAUGUAUUCUGUGACUCGGCUGCGGAGUCUGUCUCAGAGGGCUCUGUAGACACUAUUACGGAGCCACGAACAUCCACAAGCUCAUUGAUAAGAGCAGAAUGUGCCAACGCUGAGUUACCCGAUUUCGUGAUACAUAAACCGAAAAUUCUGGGUUUACUUGCUAUUGAGCUUGGCGGAGCUUCGACAGGCGAGCAAAUGCCACCUUUUUUGACAAACAAGACGCUUCCCUCCACCACAAGAUUAAUGCGUGGAAAAUUGUUUAAGCCGUCAGCACAACUGUCGCACCUACUCCGGCCCAGGCAACAGGUGGCAAGCAGAGGGCAACUCGGAACAUUGAUCAAGCCCAUGCAGGUGAACAUAGUGAUCUUGGGGAUCUCAGAGAGUGGAAAGAGUACAUUGGCCAAAGUCGUGAGAGCAGCUUACGGCGACAUCAACGAGGCCUGGCGUCGAUUAUAUCGCGACACUGUUCUCACCAAUACGAUCACGAGCGUGAGGUGGCUUAUAUUUAUGACGCAGCAAAAGCUGCAGGAUGUCAAAUCUCGGGUUGGAGCGGGUUCAUGGCUUGAAGAGGCGUUUGCUGCCCACACGCGCUUUGUUGGCGAGCUCGGGAGUGAUGCAUUCCUAAAAAGUUCGCUGGAGGCCGUUGGUUCAGCCACUAAGUCGCUGUGGAAUCACCCUUACGUGCGCGAUACGUUCGAGAGGUCGGGCACGGAGCAACUUCAACCUGCUCCAGGGAUUCCUCGGGACUUUCCAUUGUAUCUUCCGGAUUGUGCAGCACACUUUCUGAAUUCUAUUGAGCGAAUCUUCAAGAAAGAUUACCUUCCUUCUCUCGAAGAUGUCAUCUGGGCUCAGACAAGGACGACCGGUACGUGGGAAUCGAAAUUUCUCAUAAAUGGCGCGAAUUACCACUUCUUCGACGUUGGUGGGACUAGGCCAGAACGCAAGAAAUGGAUAAACGUCUUCCCAAACGUCAAUAUGAUGGUCUUCACCUUCGACGUAUCGUGUUACCGCCAAGCGCUGAAUGAAGAUCUGGACGGAAACCGUAUGGACGAGCAGUUCAUGCUAUGGGAAUCAAUUGCAAAUUCGCAUUGGUUCACCAAUGUCAGGAUCGUUGUUUUGUUCACUAAAGCGGACAAACUGACUCCAGACAAUUUGAUGUAUCAUCCGUUCAAAUCAAAGUUCAAUGACUACAAUGGCGAUCCAGAAAGCGCCGAAGAUAUCAUCAAAUAUCUAACCUGGCGUUUGGAUGGGCUCGUCAGUCGACAGCUGAAUACAAGGAGCGGGCGUGUGACGUUCUGCCGCGCAGGCACUAUUUCGGAAUCCAUGAGAGUUUGGAAUGAUUUGUUCGAUAUCUUCAGGUCUUUGAAUAAGAUCGGCUAUGUGGGGAAAGAGAGAAGACGAGAUGGAGGCACCGAAAGCUGGGCUGCGAAGGCAUGGGCAUGGCUCUCGAGGGUCAACGGGAAGGCGAGGCAGAGCCUGUGGAAGUGGAAGGAGCCAGCCAACGCAGAGUGA